UCAACAAUUUUCCCGCUUUCUCCGUCACAAUGCAUUUCUUUUAGAUGCUAAUGACUUGCUUCUAGAUCUAGAUACCAGAGCUUUCGCACAAAAUAUACUUGAUUUUUUGUACAUCUUUUAUCUGCAGUAAUAUAGGCCAUUAGCUAUAAUAAUAUUCAGAAAAUUACGCAGUUUUUUCUCUUUUAUCUGUAAUGAUAGCAAGCUCGUGCGACACUGGGAAGGCGGGAUCAAUCACAGGAACAACACUAGGCAACCAUCAAAAUUGAAAACAAAAAGAAAUUUUAAACAGGGACGUUUGCCUUAUUCACACUAUCUUAGAAACAUUUUUGAGGAUGUCGAAAUCGUCUAGCCUUGGUAAACAAUAAUCGCAUCUCAACUUCUCAAAAUAAGUCAUAAACCAUGAUUACGUUAUACCCAAAACCUUCUAUGCCUGUCUAAGUUUUUUGUUCUUUUUUUGUUUUGUUUGUUUAUUGGCGAUAGCUUUUUCUUCCCCACGUGUGAUUAUUGAAUGGAUAUCUUCAACUGACGACUUGCCUGCCAGAAGUUGAGCAGAAGUUCCGCAUAGCUCGCGAUCAGAUAAAAAUAUCAUAAGAGAUUUCGGAAUUACACAGAAAUAUUAACUGAUAUCUGCACCUGUAUUAUAUACAGCAUCACGCAGCUUUUAAGGCAAAAUCCACUUUAAAAAAAUAGCCUUACGUUUUUAUGUAUAUAGAGUAGUAAAAAAAAAUAGGAAAUUCAAGGCUAGAGCUUCAUCUGGUUCUGUUAGAUUAGAUAAGUAAAAGCAAACAGAAGUUGCUGUGAGUCGUGUAUCAUUAAAAAAGAACCGUGAAUUGUCAUUUUAAUUUAAAUGGUACAUUGACCACAAACGGCGAAUUACUUUUACUUACAUAUUUUUAUCGUGUGUUUUUUUUUCUUUUAGUAUUAUGGUCUUUAGUUUAGAGAGCAUGGAAGCAGUAAAUCGUCCAUUAAAUUAGUCUUACAUUAGCGUUUCACCGCCCACAAGGCAUACAGAGCCGUGGGAUUUAAAGCAACAAUAGAUUAUUCUAACAGUUUAAACAAAUAUCAGCCAAUAAAGCCACACAUUGCGAAAUUGCUGAAUACCACCAGUGGUUUACGUAAUUAGAAAAGAGUGAAACAAAUAGUCCUAUUUGUAGACAUGAAUGGUGAAUGCGAAAAAUUAGUUGAAAUGCGGAUGAAAUCAUGACAAUAUCUAGAUCAUUUAAUAAUCUAUACGAUAAAAUGGCAAAAAAAUAUGUUUUGUAGGUGACUCUUGAAAAUGCACUUGUUUUGAACUAUCUUUUGUUGCGAGGAGAUGUCGGAAAAAAGGAGAUAAUUGACGCUCGCUUCAAGGUUCUAUUCAAAGCAUUUAUCUCGGGUUUCAUCUGCGCUUCUAUGGGCGCACGACAAGCGAGGUUGACAAGAGUAAUUAGGAUCUAUUUUACGCGACAAUGCCCUUCGUGGGCAGUUACGGGCAUGAUAAGGGCGAGGGGCGGGACCAUAUUCGUAUAAAAGAAGUGCACAAAACUGCCACAAAACACAGCCGUAAGACCCAUCGAACACGGACUAGCGACAUCGAAAAGACCAGUCAUACACGCAGACAAAACGUGGGGAAGGUUACAAGGCAUCUCUCUUCAUCCCAAUUUCAUUUCACAGAAACAAAUAAAGAUGACGUCGACUACCAAUCUACUAAUCGUGUGUGUCAUCCUGGUUCUCUCGCUGUGGCAUGCAACCGCUGACCCUUGCACAAACGACUGCGAGCGAGAUUACCUGAGGUGCUUUCUACGGUGUGACAAUCAGCUGGACUGCGCAGUAGCAUGCGGGAAGUUAAACGCCAACUGCAUGAGCCGAUGCAGCAAGCUCCGAACGGGACGAGGACUACACUACAAAUUCUUUAGAGAUAUUGAAUAAAAAGAGAAAAUAGAUAGAGUAGAAAGUAUACCAACAGAGAUAAAGCAAGAUAAACAUAUUUUUUCUCAAACUUUUCACAAAGUAAUUCUUAUGAUGUAAACGUAUACAUUCUUUCUUUACUUCUUUUUUUACAUAAAACAUAUAAUAAAUACAAUCUAAAGGCCCAAAGAAAGACGUGAAAUUUUCAGCACGUGAAAAAGUUCACGUUUACAGUGUAUAGCGUUUUGGACGAAGUUUCCCUGAUAUUUAUUUCUUUAUUGUUAGAUUCUGGUCGACAAAUGAGCUGUAAAAGCCCCUUUCGCAAAGUUUAUCUUUAAAUGCCACUCAAAUGGGGUAUCCUGUAUCUCAUUUCCCUGAUAACAAACUACUAAGAGUUGGUACUAGAAUGAUCUCAUCUAUCUACGACCGUGAACUUGUCAUAUCUUGGUACUUACACUUGGACUACCCUUACCUCAAGCUGAACUUUUCCUUAGGAUUAGUACUUGAUUCCAAGGGAAAUGUAAUCUCUUUUAAUUAAAAAAAACAAGAGACCAUUGUCCCUCGGGAAUAAGUGCAAGACAAGAGACUAAACUUUAAAAAGCAGAGAAGGUUUGAGGAAAUUUGUUUGUUUAUCUUUACCCUAUUUUUUGCUGGAUGUUAUUUAAAAUUACUUAUGAUAAUAAGUAAAUAUUCAUAUAAUAAAAGCUAACACAUU